UCAACACGGAAAUCGAGACGAUUUAAUAGAGAAGGAAGCAGUGGCCGUUUUUUGAAAAUAACAAACCACCCAACAAACAAAAAAGAAAGAAGAAAAAAAAAUGUUAGGGUUUCCCUAAUUCUCUGAGAGGUGUAAUACCAUUCCAGUUGGAUUUUGGAGGGAACCAAAAGCGCGGCUUCUAUAUUUGGAGCGCUUCGAUCGUUCCAGCUCCCCUUCUCCUUCUUCUUCUUCCUUCAGAUCCUAAAUUUUCUCCGGAUUCAGCUUUUUUCCGGGAAAAUUUCGCCUUCCACUUCCUGCUCUCCACGUCUUUCCCUACGGUUUUUGUUCUUCAAGCUCUCUCUCCAGGAGCUUUGAGUAUGAAUUGUUGAUCUGUGAAGAGCAAUAAACUCGUGGCCGGGGGUGCAGGGAGGAGAGAGGAGGGUGGGGGAGCUCGACGGUUAGGAUUGUUUGUUUAAUGCUGAAUGGGGCUUAUUUUCUAGUUUUUUAGGCUGGUCUUGUGUCGGAGAUCUGGGGUUUCGAUUGCGAAAAAUCGUGGGGGUGUAUGGAUUCAGAGGCACUGACGCCAUCCACGAGGAAUGUGGCAAAAUGUUGCAACUGCGAAUGUAGUUGCACGCUGACAAGUGGCUCCUCGGGGGCGUGGAUUCGGUCGGUGAAGAGGAAAUUUGGGGAGUUAGAUGAGGAGGGGAACCGAUUCUUUGUGCCUGGGAUGGAAGACUUUUGCAAUGCAAAAGUCCAAGUGGAUCACGAAUGCAAUGCGCUGCGUGAGGCUCUUGGUAGCCAGCAGAAGACGAUACAAGAUUUGUACACUGAACUGGAUGAGGAGAGGAAUGCGUCUUCGUCAGCUGCAAAUGAGGCCAUGUCGAUGAUUCUGAGGUUGCAGAGGGAGAAGGCUGAGAUACAGAUGGAGGCCAGGCAGUUCAAGCUGUUUGUCGAGGAGAAGAUGGCACAUGACCAGCGCGAGCUUGUGGCUUUGGAGGAUCUGUUGUAUAAGAGAGAGCAGACAGUUCACGCACUCACAUGUGAAGUGCAGGCCUAUAAACAUCGGAUGAUGAGUUAUGGGCUCACUGAGGCCGAGGCUGAUGGUGCCGGCAGUGUGCUCAGCCGCAACCAGAGCAUGGGGGAUGUUGAGUCCCAGUAUGAUCUCCCCACUACUCCCACUUUUGAAUACCCACCUUUGAAAUGCAAGAUAAAUGAGACCCAAGGUCCUUUGGAGGAGGAUGAUGUAGCAGAUAUUGAGAAAUAUGCAUUUGGUGAGACUCCUCGAGAUCAUUUGAAGAACCUUGAAAGUAGGCUCUACCAGAUGCAGAGGAGUCCGAGCGAUGAUCAGUUGGAUGGAGAUUUUUCAGGUUCCAAGCACAUAUAUGAGAAGGGGGUGAUUGGCCAUUCUCCUAGGCAGUCAAGAAAUUCCAGGAUAGUUUCAAAUGAUUCAACUCCAUACUCAGCAAAUGUAAGAGAAACCAGUGCAGAUUUCUUUGCUGAAUCUCCUAGGUAUAGCAGCAGCUUCAAGAGGGCAGAGAAUGGCUCCCGCCCUGAGGACUACUCAAGUAUGAGGAAGUUGGACAAUGCAUCAGAAAUUGGAGACGACAUGAGUGACAGAAUCUAUACCAUUGACUCUGUUCACAAUGGAGCACCAUAUAAUGGUUAUAAUGAGGCCAAACCUGGAGCUGGAAUCUAUGGGAAUUAUGAAAGUACACCAAGAGGGUCAUUUAUCCAUGCUGAGGAUCCAGACAUAAUGAAGCUCUAUAUGAGGCUUCAGGCACUUGAGGCUGACAGGGAGUCAAUGAGGCAAACAAUGCUUUCGAUGCGAACUGAUAAAGCUCAACUGGUGUUGCUUAAAGAAAUAGCCCAACACUUGUGUAAAGACAUGUCACCAGAUGGACGAGUUAUAGUGAAGAAGCAAUCUGGCUUCUCGUUCAUGUCAGUUUUUAAGUGGGUCAAGUCCUUUGUUUUCUGGAGAAGGAGAGCUCAUCGGAGCAAGUACAUGUUUGGACUAUCGGCGAAAGUGGGUUUGCUGAUGCUUUUAGACAAGACGCCCCAUUCAAGGCAGUGGAGAUGUCUUACUAGUACACAAAUCUGAGAACUGAUUAGUAAACAUCCGUAUCCGUAUCUGUAUAAAGGAGAGGCCAGCUCUCAACGGGUGGAACGCCAACAGCAUUUGUAAUCAUGCAACUGCGAGUAGAUUUUUUACAUUCUUUUCCUGGUUUGGUUGUGCUGAAUUUGGGUUUUUGUGCAGUGUUCUUUUGAUUCGUUUUUCAUUGGGGAUUUGAAUGUAAUCUGUUUGCCUGAUUUGGUAAAACCACUGGUGCGCUUUGGGCAUUCUUGCUCAAAUGGUACCUCGGAAUUUAGCUCAAGCUUUGUGUCAUUUGGUAGUCCUCUCUCCUGUACAUUGCAGAUUCGUGUAUGCUUAAUUUCCCAUUUCCAAUA